AUGGUCCAGACUGUGCGUGUGUACGUGGAAGACCCUCUCCAAGAUGACGUAGCCGAGGGCAGCCGACAGGAGGGAGACAUGGAGGCCUUUCCGAGGAUUUCCGCCGGCCGGCUUGCUAUCGCCAGGGCCAGAAACCGCCCUACGGGCGCCACGGUCACCAGCCGACAGGAGGGAGACAUGGAGGCCUUUCCGAGGAUUUCCGCCGGCCGUCUUGCUAUCGCCAGGGCCAGAAACCACGGUACGGGCGCUACGGUCGGCAGCCGACAGGAGGGAGACAUGGAGGGAGACAUGGAGGCCUUUCCGAGGAUUUCCGCCGGCCGUCUUGCUAUCGCCAGGGCCAGAAACCACGGUACGGGCGCUACGGUCGGCAGCCGACAGGAGGGAGACAUGGAGGGAGACAUGGAGGCCAUUCCGAGGAUUUCCGCCGGACGUAACUAG